AUGGACAUUAAAAAGUUCUUCACUGCCAUACCACGCCAUGCCCAGACUCUGUUGCGAGUAGGGACGACACCGGAUUCAAAUGUCGAAGUUGUUGGUGAAGAUGUUAAAGAAAAAACAGAGAAAAGAGUCACUUCUCAGACACGGUUGCCCAUCUUACCGCCAGUGCCGUACCAGCCACGGGACGUCAACUGCAUGCCGGUGCAACGGCUCGCUAAACGAACGCUAUGUUUUCAGCGCGCGUGGUUCGAUAGCUUUCCAUGGCUCCACUUUGACGCUAACGUUAGCGGAGUACUCUGCUUUACUUGUGCUAAAGCAGCAUGCAUGGACUUGGCCGGCAUGGCGCGGUAUUCAGAGGACACAUUUGUUUCCAAGGGAUUUUGCAACUGGAAGAAGGCAAUUGAGAAAUUCAAAAUCCACGAAAAGACAUCUGCACAUAUGAUUUCUCAUAGCAACCUGAAAUUCCGGUCUUCCAACAACAACGUUGACGCACAGUUAAGUACGCACCAUCUUGAAGAACAAACGAAGGCGCGCAACGCUCUGCUGAAGAUUGUGACGACCGUCCAGUAUCUAGCGCAGCAGGGACUGGCAAUACGCGGCAAAGAGUCAAGCGACGGUAACUUCAUGAAGUUGUUAGAGCUGCGGAGCAACGAUGACGUCGUGUUACAGAGGUGGUUGACACGCACAACUUCAUACACAAGCGUUGCCGUGCAAAACGAACUGUUAAAAAUCAUGGCACACAUGGUGCUGCGAAAUAUUUGCAAGAACGUGGGCCUUUUUGCAGUCAUUGUCGACGGAACCCAAGACAUCCAAGGCGUUGAACAGGAGGCAAUAUGCGUGCGAUAUAUAGACGACGCUUACGACGUUCACGAGGACUUUAUCGGUCUGUACAGCGUAUCUGAGAUGACUGGUGCCAGCCUCAGCAAUAUGCUGUAA